GUGCAGUCACGCUUACUCUCCUUCGCGACACCAAUGCCUCAAUCCAUUCACCUCCUCGUCGUCCUUCUCCUACUCUUAUCGUACUCCGCGGUCGCGGAGGCCGGCGGAGGAUGGGCGCCGAGAUUCCGGGAGGCCCCCCAGUUCUACAACUCGCCAGGCUGCCCCCCUCCUCUUCCGCCCUCCUCCGCCGCGGCCUGCUCGCCGUCGGCGAUGGUCCACGUCGCCAUGACCCUCGACGUCGCGUACCUCCGCGGGUCCCUGGCCGCCAUCCUCUCCGUCCUCCAGCACACCUCCUGCCCGCAAUCCGUCCAGUUCCACCUGGUGGCCUCCUCCUCCAUCGCCGAGCUCAACGCCACCAUCGCCACCUCCUUCCCCUCCCUCUCCUUUCGGAUCUACCCCUUCGACGACUCCCACGUCUCGGGUCUCAUCUCCACGUCGAUCCGCUCCGCGUUGGACCGCCCGCUCAACUACGCGCGGUCGUACCUCGCGCGUUUGCUCCCCGACUGCGUCCGCCGCGUGGUAUACCUCGACUCCGACCUCAUCCUCGUCGACGACAUCGUCGCCCUCGCCUCCACCCCGCUCCCCGACGGCAUCGCCCUGGCGGCGCCGGAGUACUGCAAUGCGAAUUUCACCUCGUAUUUUACGCCAUCUUUUUGGUCCAAUCCGGCGCUCUCCAUGGCGUUCGAAGGGCGGAAGGCUUGCUAUUUUAACACCGGGGUGAUGGUGAUGGAUCUGGGGAGGUGGAGGGAAGGGGGGUACACGGAGAGGAUAGAGGAGUGGAUGGAACUCCAGAAGCGGAUGCGGAUCUACGAGCUGGGGUCGCUGCCGCCGUUCCUCUUGGUGUUUGCGGGUCGGAUCGCGGCGGUGGAGCAUCGGUGGAACCAGCACGGGCUCGGGGGGGACAACUACCGGGGGUUGUGCCGUGAUCUCCACCCGGGUCCGGUAAGCCUCAUCCAUUGGAGCGGGAAAGGGAAGCCUUGGGCUCGGCUGGACGCCGGCCGGCCAUGCCCGCUUGAUGCUAUCUGGGCUCCCUACGAUCUCCUCCAGAGCCCCUUCUCCAUCGACGACUCCUGAAGCUGCUCCUCCUCCACCACCACGACCCGGAUCCGCUCCACUAGAUCCGGAUCCGAUAUUUCCUUUUGACCUUUUAAACUUUUUCCUUUUUUAUUGUUACUUUAAGAAACAGAACUUUCCGUUAUUUGAAGUGUAAAAAAAAGAAUACCUAUAUAUAUAUAUAUAUAUAUAUAUAUAUAUAUAUA